CAACGGACCCACAUCCCAUACUGCCACACAAGUAUCCACAUGUAACCGGUCCCACGGUCGUCCCACCAAACGACUUUGACCAUAGCUGUUGCUCUUUUGUCAUGACAUUAAGCAGUUUACCGGAUAGAACAAAAAUGGAAGGAAGUCAAUCGUUUUCAGUAAAUCAAACCCGAACUGAUUAUGACUCGGGAUACUCAUGUACAUCAUCUCAAUCCAAAUCCAGUGAUAAAUCACGCCAUCCAGGACUAUCCAUAGAAUCAAGUUUCGAAGAACAGAAUUCGACCUUAUUGACAACUGAUAAAAAUGGAGAAAUGUCAACUUUAAACUCUAAACCCGCCGAACAAUCAAACCAAACUAUAUUAAGAAGCUUGAACACUAUAAAUAAUCAAAACUCAAGCGAUACUUGUUCAAAAUCUAAACAGAAAAAUUCAAAAGCGUUUAAACCACAAACGAAUCAAUUAUUUAACGUUGAUGCUUCUAUAUCAAAAAUGGAAUCUGAUGAUUUAAAAAAUUUAAAUAAUGAUGUUAAGGUUGAUAACAGUCAAGAAAAUACGUUUUUGCAAUUAUCUUACUUGUGCCAAUCAUAUCGGGAUUUAAAUCAAACAAACUCAACUUCAAAUCCUAAUAAUUCAUUUACUAUUAUAGAUACUGUUCUAAAGGUGUUAAACGACCAUGACUUACAAUUUAAAGAAAUAAUCGAAUCAAAUGAUGUUCAAAAUGAUUCAUUUGGUGUUGUUGUGUCCAUGACCAAUGGCUUAAUUAUUAAUAUAUCAAAUAGUAUUCAUAAAAGCAUGGGAUACUCAAAAGAAAUGUGGAAAGAUCGUGCAUUUAUUGAUUUUAUUCAUCCAACGGACCGGAUAACAUUUGUUAAUUAUAUGAUGUCAAUUCUUAUAGAUCCUUGCACGAUUUCUAGAGGAGAUGGUGUAUCUACAGUGACUUAUUUGAGACCCAAGGCCAAUGAUGGAUUUUACUGUAAUAUGGGUUAUUCAAAAUCUGAAAACGAAAAUUACUUUCAAGUCUGUAAACUUACAAUAACAUUCAAAGAUUUGUCAUACGUGUCGACGACAACAAGUUUGGCACAAAUAGCACAACCUCAAUUAGUUCUAGUUGUUAAAGCACAGAUAAUUCAUUCAGCAUACACGUGUUCUGAAGAGAAAAUAGAAAAUCCUAUUCAAUUUAUUACUAAACACAAUGCGUUAUUUGAAUGGUGUUAUGUCGAUAAAUUUAUUACCCCAUACUUUGGAUAUUUACCACAAAAUAUUAUUGGUAGAUCAAUUUUCGACUAUUACUGUAUUGAGGAUCUAACAUCUAUUAAAGAAAUCCACGCAAAAUUGAUUAAAUCUAAGAGUAUUUCAUUAAAAGGAAAUCCUUAUCGGUUUAAGUGUCAAAAUGGAGAUUUUGCAGUCGUAGAAACAGAAUGGUCAAAUUUUGUAAAUCCUUGGUCUGAUCAAGUAGAGUUUGUAAUUGGAAAACACAAAAUUAUUCGGGGUCCAAUUAAUCCUGACGUCACAACUCUUGCUGAUAAUACUAUUACGAAAGAUAUAGAAACAAAAGAUGAAUAUGGAUUUGAUGAAACACCUAAAGAUUUUGAAAAAAUAACGAAUGAGAACAAAGUAGUUGCUGAAGUUCCGUGUGAAACAAAUCAAACAAUGGAUACCAAUUCGAAGCAACAAAUAUCAAUGGAAUACAAAAAUUUUACGCCUUGUAUAAAUUGCUUUGUACACCCACCAGUUCAAGUUCCUCUGAAUGUUGAAGUUCCCCCAGAAAUGUCUAGUAAUUACUCUGACAACGAAUCUACACAUUUAUUUCAAAAUACCAACUAUGAAAGUAAAUCAAGUUCCGAUACAUUAUUAAGUUAUACUGAACUUAAUUAUAACGACAACAUACAAAGAUUUUUCAAUAGUAAUUUAAAAACACAUUCAUCGGGAGAAUCGAGUUGUUCUAAAACAUUUGUUGCAAGAGAAGUUACUUCUUAUGAGACAGAUACGGAUAAAGUACAACCAGAUACAAUAUCAUCGUUUCAAAGUGGAACACAAGUUUCAAAUACGACAAUAACUCAAAAUUCCCCUAGUUAUGACUUAGAACAAAAUAAUGCGAGUAAAAAUUGUCAACUUACUCAAAAAAUGCUUUCACGUCAUAAUGAAAAAAUGGUGUGUGAUCUUGUGAAACAACAUAAAAAAAACAAAUCGUCCAAAAAACAAAAUUUGUCAAAUCAAGCUAUACACAUUUCUGAUAUAGCGCACGGCAUAAAACGUAAUAAUUCAACUAUAAAUGAAAAUAAUUCAUGCAAGCUUUCUAAAAGGAAAUGUCUUUCAAAUAUCAGUAGUCCGACCAAUGUAGCACAGCCACUAGAGUGUCAAGACAUUGCAACUACUCCUAUAGUCACUCGAGCAACACAGAUUUGGUCUUUUUGUCAAAUUACACGAGAUUCGCAAACAAUGACCGAUUUACCACCAAGACAAUCUUUACCAAGCUCAUGUCAAAAACUAGUUUUACCAAGUCAAGCACUAAUUGUACCAUGCCAACCACUUAUCUAUAACGUACCACUUAGUAAUAAUGUGAUGCCUGUACAACCUACAUGUAAUUUAAUGGACGAAAAGUUUGGAAAUAUUCAAGAAACGGUAUCUGACAAGUUACAAUCAUUAAGUAUGCCGAACCAUAUAACUGGAAAUUCUCAACUUUUACGUGCUCAACAACAGUUACAUAUUAAACAAUUAUACCAGAAUAUCGAAAGUAAAACUGAAGAUCAAAUUAUAUCGAAAAAAAAUGACCAGAAUAUUCAAAAGAAAACAAGAGCAACACAAGUAAAUCAAGAAGAAAUUAUAACGGGUUCCGAUUCGGAUUGUAAAAAAGAAACCGGGAGCUUAAGAUCAAGUAGUGGGUGGUUGUACGAGGAAAGUAGUUAUUACUCUUCAAGUUUGCGAGAUAAAACCGAUAGUAGUGAAAGAGAAGACUUUCCAUUGCUGAAUGUACUUGAAAAAACAAAUUCUUCUCAUCAGUUAAUUAAAAAGCAACCAUUCUGGAUGGAAGACAUUGUAACAACGCCAGAUUUAGUCUAUCGAUACCAAAUGGACUAUGGAGACAAGAACGAAGUGUUGCGCAAAGAUAUUAACACAUUAAACACAUUCACUCAACCUCUGUUAGUGAGUGAGCAGUUGAAACAACUAUGUGUGGAAAUAGAUGUAAAUGGUUCUUCUAAAACAUCAUAUUUCGAAGAUGGGACAUCAUCAAGCAGCGAUGAAGACGAUUGUUACAUUUCUAUUGGAAAAAAUAAAAGAAGAAGAAUCGAUUUCUGCAGAAUGGCAAUGAUUUAUGAAGAAAAUGCCUUAAUACCACCACCAACCUCGCCACGCAAUAAGAUGUCAAAAAAUGAUCAUUUAUCAUCAUAAUUUUCCAUGAUGCAAAAAAAUAUAACAAAG